AUGAAUGGGAAGGUGGCUCACAGAGAGGUGCGACUGGGGCCGCAGAUUGCGUUUGUUGUGGGGUUGCCGAAGGUUGAGAAGGGAGCUGGAGUGGUGCUGGCCGUGGUUGGAGGUGAUUGCCAAGGUGUGAGUGGCGCAAUAAGACUGAAAGGGAAAAGGGAAAGUGAAGGUGCAGGGAGAGUGGGGGCUGCUACGCGGGGAAAAAGAGGGAUUCAGGAAGAGUGGAAGCAGGGAUCUCUAGGGAGAACGGUGAGACGCGUGAGUGAAGGGAAAAUGAAGGUGAUGAAAAUAAAAGUGAUGACCCAAAAUUUAG